AAAAUUUGCCAAAAGGUUAUAAUGACCAAUUUCAGCUCUUUUUUAAAGUAUUAAAGUUCCAGUCAUUGAGAAUUAAAACGUAAGUUAAAAAAAAGGGGGUGAUAUCAUAAUAAUUAAAGCAAACAUACUUCCAGAAUUGAAAGUAUAAUGCCAAAUGGCAGAAAUAGACAGUUGUUUGGAAACUUGAUCAGAUCAGACGGUUUCAGUGUUGAUUUUUUGUUCUACAAAAGACGAAAUGAUCAAAAUGAUAUGGCUGUCAAGGUUAAUCAAAUACACCUCAAAGUCGAUGACUUUAAGAGUCAAGAAGUAGAAGAGUCAUAUCUUCCAAUAGCAAUUGACCCUGGAAGAAAAACCGUUUUUACUGCAGUUACCGAUUUAGAUCGCGAUGUUCGACGAUGCACAACCAAGGAAUACUAUCAUUUGACAGGUUCAACAAGAUUCAGUUCUGAAUUGAACAGACUGAUUUUUAAACACGAAUUACUUCGUCGUACUGCUCCUAAUACUAAAUUAUUAAAUAUGUGCCGUCUUGAUCUAGGUAGAGAUUCUAUCCUUUGAUUAUCUAUGUCAUCUGUUAAACAAAGUUAUGUCCUUUGUUGGUGUCUAGAGUAGCUAUUAAAUGGUAAUUCUCGAAUAUGCAUUUAUUAUCCUAUAGAAUUGUCUACGGAAUCUCAUUCAGUUUGCUGUCUAUACACGCAUCAUCGUUUAUAUCUUCCUCUCUCAAUUGCUGAUCCAAUAUUCUUUCUAUUGAACCAGUUGUCUGUUAAACCACCUCGUACCUUACUUUAUGAUUCUGCCUGGACUAUCCUCUGGCAUGAAAUAUGCACGAUUCUCUAUGAAUUAGAUUGCAUAUUUCAUGAUAAGUCCCUUCUCCCUUUUCCCAUUGAAAAUCCUAGUUCUAAAUUGCUGCCAUGGUCAUUUAACAAUUGAGGCUAUUGUACCAUUCAUUUUUCUUAUAUCCUUUCUAUAGCUCUCCAUUACCUCAUCUUCCUUCCCAUCUCUCUUUCUUUUUUUUAACUUUGUG